GCGGAGCCGCGGCGUCGCCGUCACCGGAGCGGGUCGGAGGUGAGCUGCGCCACGAAAGGUGGAAGACUGUUCUUCGGUCGCUGUUCAGAGGGUUUUGGUUAGUUUGGCAGAGUACUGGACUUGACAAUAGGAAGAAUCAGAAUAAAGCGUAAGAGCCAUGGCAGCACGCUGGAGGAGAAUCCUGAUAGUAUUUGUGGCAGCUCAAGUACUGUGUUUGGUAAAUACCUUUGAGGAAGAGGAUGUACCUGAAGAAUGGAUUCUUCUUCACGUUGUUCAAGGCCAGAUUGGAGCGGGAAACUACAGCUACUUGAGACUAAAUCACGAGGGAAAGAUAGUACUUCAGAUGCAGAGUUUAAAAGGUGAUGCGGAUUUGUAUGUAUCUGAUAUGACUCUUCACCCCAGCUUUGAUGAAUACGAGUUACAGUCUGUUACUUGUGGCCAAGACAUUGUCCACGUACCAGCACAUUUCCGCCGCCCAGUGGGAAUAGGGAUUUAUGGUCAUCCCUCCCACCAGGAGAGUGAGUUUGAAAUGAAAGUCUACUAUGAUCGAACAGUUGUACAGUAUCCAUUUGGCGAGGCUUCCUACAACCCAGAGGAGAUGGAGGCAAACCAGAAAUACUCGCACUCUACAGAAGAUGAAUCUCAGGAUGAAGAGUCUGUUUUCUGGACUAUACUUAUUGGAAUCUUGAAGUUAAUACUUGAAAUUCUUUUUUAAAUUGAUACAUGAUGGACUCAAUCACAUUUCAGCCUGUGAAAUUGAACACGAAUAACUUUCUAUAAUAUUUAAUACUCUUUAUUUUAAUUACUCUGUUUCCUGAGGAGGUAUUCAGGUUACUUUUCAUAAAUCAUAAGGAAAGCGGCGGGGAGAAAAAAAGCCAUAUUUAAUUUUAUAUUGUAAAUUUUUUUCCCUAAGUGUAAAACGAGCAGCGAGUACAGUAUUUGCAGUAUUCUUGAGAGAUCAGGGCUAAAAGAUGAAUGUAGAGUCGGGAUCUUUAAACAGGUGCUUGGGAAAAAUUAACUCAAUGAUUUUCUGUCAUUACUUUAUAAAGAGUGAAAUACAAACUGCUGCUCUGUAGUGCCGCCUCAAUUUGGAGCAUAUUUAAAAAUAAAUCCUGCUCUUCUGACAGGUUAUCUUCAGUAUAACUAACAAGCAAUGGCUUUGAAGCGUACUCAAGUUGAGGGGUGUAGGGUGAAGGAAGGAAAAACCAAACAAUCGCAUUGGGGGAUAGAGGGGUAGAAACUGCUUGUGCUGUACAUCCCAUCAGUCAUCUGUAAGCAGAGGCCUGUCCACUCACUCACCACCUCUGCAAAUCCAUGACCUGAAUCAAGUGCACGUUACUUCAGUAUUACAGUAGGGAGGGUAAGCCUUCAGCUGUUGUUACUUGUCAAUAGAACAUUCUCAUUCCUCAGUAAAAGCAGUGCAGUAUAUAGUAUCGUAAGCCUGAGAGGUGUUUUCUUACAUCUCCCCUUUGUAGCUUUUCGUGAUUGAUCCUUUUUUUUUAAUGUUUACAGUCUCUUUUUUUCCUGUAAAUUUAUAUCAAUAAUUCAUUCGUUUGCAAAGAACAUUUUUGCUGAAAGGAAUUCACUGAAUAUUGUAAGAAAGUCAAACUGUGUUCACUUUUUCCCUGAAAGUUAAUCUUUUCCAGGAGUACUUUUUGCCUUGUUUGAGUUUUUCAAAAUAACUAAUUGCUAUGCAAAUAGUAUGUAUUUAAAUUGCUCUGUAAUUUUCUUUUCACAGAGCUUACAGAAGAGUGCACUGAAAUAAACAAAGUGUGGUACUAUAAUUUUGUACAAAUGGUGCAUGUAACCAUUUAAAUUUCAGUACGGAAAGCCUUCUCUUUUUCGAAUAGGAAUUUAACUUUUUUGUCUGGACAGCUGACAGGACGUGAUUAGGGACUUGUCUCACAAAAAUGGUUAUACAGCCAUAAUUAAAAGUUUAUUUGGUAAAAAGAAAAACGCAGUGGUAUUGUUCCUCUUAAAAGUGGUUGGUUAAAUAGCACCAAAGUGUCACUUUAAUUUGUGCAGUUAAAAUUUUGAAACAGCAAGGUUUUUUAGGGAGUUUAGCCCUCCUUGCUGUUUUUCCCCCUUCUUCCUCCUCUUCUGGGUAUGGGAGGGUCUUUCUGACAACAAUCACAAAUCCAGCGACCUAAGAAAAGAAAGUUAUCAAUUAAUGGGAAACUACCUUUUUUGUAUUCACUCAUCUAGUUAUGCACCUUUCACCGUUUUAAUAGGUUCUCAGCAAUUUGUAGCACUUCCUUUAAUGUACAAAACCAGCUCUUCUUUAAAACGUUAAGUAUCCUUUCUAAAAGGUACGGAAAGCAGCAUGUAAAAUUCACCAUCCCUUGCAGACUCGCUGCAUGUAACAGUUGGUUACUCUAGCACUUGUAGAUCUCAAGAAGUGCCAGCACUGCUAAGGCAGCGGUUAUUAGAAAAGGAAUGACAAACUAUGAGGUUGCAAGUUCGAUUUUAGUAUGAAUGACCGCAGCUCAAGGUUAUGGGUGGUUACUCACAGCAGAAAAGAAUGGCAGUUGAAGAAUGUUGCUAUUGUGUCACAGGGUAGGAGGGCCUGUUUCUCAAACUAAUGUGAGUUAUUUCAGUGCAGUUGGGCAGCACAGAUUAAAGUGAUGGCAGGGGUUCAGCACCAGACCUUGGACUAAAACCCAUUCACUGAGAGAACAGCAAUGGGUUGAGCAAAGAGCAGGAGCAUUAACUAUUUAUAUUACAACAGCUGCUAUCACAAAAGCUGCUUUGCUGAUUUUAAAGUUUGGUAAGAAUAUUAUCUAUUUUGCUUAGAUUCUCUCCUUAAGUCAGAAUGAAGGUUGAAUCAGCCACAGAACCUGGACUGAAGCGAGAGCAAGCUCUAGUGCUUCCCAAACAGGAAUAUAUUAUAUAUUUGAGGUAGUAGUUACAGGGAAUGAUGUCACUGAAUACUUCAACACGAACACAGUAUGGAUUUAGUAUCACGUGAAAAGCAAUGCUGCUACCAGUUAUAUAUCUGAAGUUUUCUUUACACUGCCUUGAGUUGGCCAGGAGAUACCAGUGAGCAGGUGAUUGAAAGGUAUAAGCUGCCUGAAAUUUAGGUACCUCACUCCCAGCUUUGACAUCUAAGAAUAAAAAGGGUAAAGGUGUUUAAAAAGGUGUUUACAAAUACUAUAUUAAGCCUACUUUUUAAUUUAGAAAUUAAAAUAAUAGCACACUUUAUUAAUGUGAAAGCUGUAUUCCAGCAAUAUGCAGCAAUACAGGCGUCUUUACAGAUCUCUCUUAUGAAAAGAGGGUACUUAUUCUCAAUAUUCUGUGGAAAUAUAUAUUUAAAACAAAAUAGCUCCGAGUGAGUCUGGAUUUUCUUGUAAAAGCCAAUUAUAUUUCCUAUUCAGGAAUUGCCAGGCUAAACUGUGCGCAACCAAAUAUACAGAAAUAAAGCUUAUGAAAAAAAUGGGACCCUA